UGUUUACUACGUCCCCGUCUGCCUGUCGGCAAGAAGCACGGGGCCGUCAUGAUUCCGGUGCGACCGAUGUCCAUGGCACCGGCGGGAGUGAUCGCGGCCGCCGACGCCCUGGGUGCCGCGCUGCCUCGCCAGACGGUGUACGUGUUCCCGCCGCUGGGCCAGUUCGACCCCAACUGCGUGCGGCUGGUGACCGAGGGUCGCGACCCGGCCACCGCGGUCGCCUGCCUGCUCGGCUUCUUCAAGCUCGUCUGUGAGGCCGGAUACGAGCAGGUGGUGCGCGCCAGCGACCUGGACGGCGUGUGGCUGGACGAGGUGCACGUGAGCGGCGCGUUCGUGCGCCGCCAGCUGCGUGCGCUUCGCGCCGACUCGCCGGCGGCCACCAUGGACGACUUCCACGUGCUGCUCAGCGUGCUGCUGUGCAACCUGCCGCGCGCGCGGGGCUCCAACCUGAACCGCGACUGGUUCCAGCACCGGGUCAACGACCUGGUCGCGCUCUUCCCGGCCGUCUCGGAGCCGCCGCCCGUGCCGCUGUACGGCGCCGAGCAGGCGGACGCCGUCUCCAGCUUCGGCGAGCAGUGGCCGCACACCAGGGCGGCGCUCUGCAACGCUCUGCUCAAGGGACGCUUCGAGGGCCCGAUGCAGCAGGUGCAGGAGUACGUGUCCGUGGGCUGGCGCUUCGCGGGCAUGAAGCAUGUGCACCUCAUCCUCGAGUUCCUCAAGGGGCGCAACUCCUGGGUCCUCGACAUCAUCCCGGAGCUGCGCGCAAAGGGCGACCGCCUCCAGGCGUUCCUGAAGGCGUACCAGCGGCUGGGCGAGGACGGCCCGUACAUGAAGCUGCUGCACCUGCCCGAGGCGUCGACCGCGCUGCGCAAGCACCUGGGCCUGCACGUGGCGGCCGCGUACGCGCUGGCCGUGCUCGAGGACGACAACUGGCUCCAGUACAAGGGCGUGCCGCGCGACGAGGCCGAGGAGGCGGUGCUCGCCAAGAUCUCCGCCAUCAAGCGCAUGGGCCUCGGCGCGCCCCCCAAGGACGCCGCGCCGAGCGGGGGCGGAGGCGGCGCGAGGGACGCCGUCGACGUCGCCGCAGCGGGCGAGCCCGCCGCGUCCGCGGCGCCUUAGACGUCGGCGGCGGGCAGGCGGAGCUGGCGCCACGGCGAGACGACGAAGACGCGCGCCGGAGCCACACGGCGGGUCACUCGGGAGGGCAGGCGUUCGACGAAGGCCCGCGGGGGUUCAUCAUCGAUCGGCGCGUCGACGAACGUUCAAACCGCGGCGCACAAUGCAUUCGCCGGGGGGCCGUCGUCGACGUACUACGCCUGCCCUCCUCCUCUGCGCACCGUGUCCUUUUAGUCAAGAAAACCACAACCAACGUACCACCGUCGUCCAGUGCCGUGGCCAGCCGGCUAAUUAGCGAGCCGCCUGUCGUCGCCCGAUGCCACAGCGCCGGAUGUGGACACCGCGGGUCCCCCUGGCUUCCGCAUCAGCCGGCGUUGAUGACCGCGAUCCUUCUGCAAGCUCGAGGAACUUUUUUUGUUUGGCCACGCCCACACGGUGCCGGGUGCGCCGUGAUAAGAGCCGCCUCAGCGCCGCCCUGCUUCUUCUCCGCGUUCGGCAGGGAAGCCCCCCCCCCCCCCCCCGCCGCCGCGGGACGAUGCAAAGGGUGGCGUCGUAGAUGAAGAAAUAAUUUUUCGUCCGUGCCGCGUGGCUUCGAGGGCGAGCCUUGCUUUCUUAGCGGCUUUUACGGGUCGGAGGGUGGCGGGAAGAUAACGCGGGGGCGCUCACCCUCCCCCCCCUCCCUUUGCCCCCACUCCACCUUCACCUGGCGGCGGCGAAGGCGCUGCCUUGCUUUUUUUGCCCCGUACGCGUUCGGGGACGCCGCCGUUGUGGUCGCGAACGAAUAAAGGGCUUCCAGACGGU